CGAUGACGGUAGGUAGAGUGAGAUAGCGAUAAUCGUGUCAUACACCUGGUUUUACGAUCGCUCACUCACUCGCUCGCCUAUUUUAUGGUUUGUGUUGGUUCUAUGUGCGGCGUACGUCCUAAACGUUCUAAACAAUAUUUCCCAGGGGUUAGACAUCAAUUGAAUAUAGGCUACCCAAAGUCAAAAUCAAUAUGGCGUCAUUUGUUUACCAACAUACCAUUUGCGGGGAUUGAAAUCGUUGAAAUCGCGGAAAUUGCGCGGCUUUAUUUCUAACAUGGAGUUUAAAGUUAACCACUAUUUAACUAUAUAACCGGACCGUGUUGUAAACAACAAUUAUUGUCAGAACCAAAAUGUCAGUAAACCGCAGCAAUAUUGGGUACAUUGGCAAUAUGAGGGAUUUGACGUUUUAGUCAUACCCCUGGUACAAUCGCUGUAUCUGUACCGACCUAUUUCACCGUUGUACAUGGUUACAGCAUGUCAAUUUCAACUGCUCGCAGCACCAUAGACGGGUAGUGGUGGCACCAUGAACAAGUUUUGUCAACACCGAAUCAAAACACCGCAGUGUUAAAUAUUCAGUUAGAGACGAAUGAACUCCCAGAGUUUAAAGUCUCUUAAAUCCAACACCAAUUCCAAUUCCUAUUCAGUUCGUGAGGAAAAAAACUAUAAACUAUAUAUACCUGUGGCCAAGAGUAGUUGAACAAUGGUAAUGGAGCUAGCAAAGAAAAGGAAGGCUACGAUGCUCGACAAAUCGGGGAUCUUCUUCUUCUUCUUCAAUGGCACUAACGUUCCUAGAGGAACUUCGCCGUCUCAACGUAGUAUUACUUGCGUCAUUUUUAUUAGUACAUAUUUAGUUGAGAUUUCUAUGCCAAAUAACACGCCUUGAAUGCAUUCUGAGUGGCAAGCUCUAGAAUACGCGUGAUCACAGUGCAAGUCGGAGGAAAUUUCUUUGACGAAAAAAUCCCCCGACCAGAACGGGAAUCGAACCCGAACACCCGACAAAUCGGGGAUGCUGGUCGUCAUUGAAGUGUGGAAGGACAAUAUUCUGUCCCUUCGGAGCACUUCCAAGAACUCCCACAUCUACAAGCAAAUGUGUGAGGAGCUGAAAGGCCACGGCGUUAUACUUACGGCGGUCGAAUUGAAAAACCGGAUCAAUAAUCUCUCUCGGAAGUACAGCACUCGCGAUUUGAUGGAUGAGGUGAUUGGUUCCGAUGAUGACUACUGCGAUGCUGAGUAUUUAGAUGAAGCGUACAACCCGGAGAACGACACAUUCGCUCAAUCUAUGUUUAUGUCACCUUCUGCGCCGACAUCAUCAGUAUCAUCGCCAUCACCGACACUGCCAUCAUCAAGCCGCAGGCAUUCCGCUCCUAAAAAGAGAAAACAAAAUGUGCAGGAAAAAUUGUUGGAAUUGGCUAUAAAAUAAAACGAAAAUAUGGUUACUUUUAUGGAGGAUUCCAAGACUACAGAUCUUCAAAUAAUCGAGCUCAUGAAAGAAAAUAACGCGUUGAUG